AUGGCCUUCAGGUAUAUUAAAGGGAGGUUGCAGGGUGUCUAUGCUGUCAGUGAUAGGUUGACGGCUGUUGAUGCGUCCUUGUACCCGCUGUACCGCUGGGCUAAGCAGGAUGGGAUUGAUGUCAAUGCGUAUACGGUCUUGGUUAACACGUUGGAAAAGAGGGAGAGUGUCCAGACUGUUUUAGCCAAGCUCUUAGAAGAGGAACAGGUCUGUCGAUCCGUAAACAGUCUGAUUAUCUAG